UGCUAUUAGUUGCCAUCGAGUCUUCGCCGCGUGCAGAUGUUAUUUGGUGUGUCGCCGUCGACGUCGUCGUCUAGCCUAAGUUGUGUGAGCGUGUGAGUGCUGGUGUAUGUGUAUGUGAGUUUAACGCUGCAUUUUGUCGGCAGCAGCAGCAGCAACUGCAUUCAAAUUAUGCGAUAAUUUAGCCGCUCUAAAACUGCGAACAGCGUCGCGUGUGUUGACAGCUGCCGCUGCGUGAAUUUAACCAACCAACAGCGAUAAAUAAACAGAAAACAAACAAAAAAUAUCGAAAAGAAGAUACAGAAAAAGGAAGACAACAAACACACCUGCUGCCUGUCUUCGGCUUUUUUGUUCUGUUUUGUUUUGUCUUCAUUCGCCGGCUUCGAUACACUUCGCUCAAUACCAUCAGAAUUUGUGCUUCUAAAAAAAACUGCAUCAUAACUGAGGCCCAUCCCCCCACACCCAGCCACAAAUCCAGGGUAUGUGUGUGCGUAGAGAAAUGCCGAGUAAAUUUUUACUAUUGAUUUCUACAAGUGUAUAAAGAAAGAGCAAGCCAUCGCUCAAUGGAUAAAUAAAACGCACACUGAGAGAAAUAAUCUACUGAUUGCAUAACGAGCGAAAACGUGUCGAAAAAAAAGACCAGCCAGAGAAGGGGAAAAACAAAAGCAACAACAACAGUUGCAGCUGCCGUUGCGGCUACUUUGCUUAAUUGAUUUCUGUCUUGCAAUGAGGCGUUUCAAUGCCAACAACAGCAGCAGCAACAACAACAACAACAACAACAACAACAGCAGCAACAAUUUGCUGAUACCAACUAAACAACAACAGCAACAAUCACAACUUCAGCAACUGUGCGACAACUGCGUUUUGGGCGCGUUUCGUGAGCGUUUUGUGCGCGACUUUUCCACGCGCGCGUUUUUUAAUUAAUUUGAAACCGCGCUUGGCCCUUUUUUUGUGUUUUUGGCUACGGUUUGGUUGUGCGUGCGCGCGUGUGUAUGUGUGUGUGUCCAAGCGGAAAUCAGCAAUUUAAUUUACAAUAAGACGCUUGCCAAGGAGGCAUCCAAAAAGUGGAGCGAAAACCCAUAAAAAUAAAGAAAAGGAAAGCAAAACAAAGCACAGUCACAGAGGAAGCAGCCAAAAUGUUCGCGGGCAUCAGAAAGAGACUAGCACGCAAGCAAAACGAGAAGGACUGCGACGAGGAUGACAAGGACGAUGUGCACGAUAUAAUGCCGCCAGCGAAUUAUAUACAAAUAUCGCAGGGCAAAAUCCAAUUGGUGCAUCAGGCGCGCUCCCUGGAGCACGAGCCGGCGCUCAGCCUGGAGCGUGCCAGCGAUAAGGAUUUGUUAUUGGAAAGGCGAAUGAUUGAGAUUGAAGGCGCGCUGCUGCGUUUGCAGGAGCAGUUCCAAAAAAGCCAAUGCGGGUCGCCAACGUUCGAGAAGGAGCUGCGCGAGCAAAUCGAAAACAUGAAUCGCAUUAUGAAAUCCAAAGAACGCAAACAACUGCAAACAUGUCGGGAUCACAAGGCCCUGCAGACACGCUUUGCACGGCAGGAGAGUCUGCUGCAUACGAUGCAGCAGGAGAAUCGAGCAUUGCUCACACGAAUACGACAGUACGAGCACUGCCUGGAUGAUGUGAUGCGCAAGGUGGUGGACGCCAUUGUGGCCGAGGAUAAUCUGAGGGAGGAGGUGAGCAUGCUGAAGAGUCGCGUGCGCGAUCUGGAGGCACAGAAUGCAGCACUGUCGGCGAGUCCGGUCAAGGGGCGUGACGAGGGCUACUGCACGAUGAGCAGCGGACAGCCGCAGCCGUCGAAUGGGCAUUUGGAAGGACUGCCCGAGGAGCCGGAGCAGUGGCUGCUGCCAGCCGAGCCCUGCUCAACCGAAAUGGAAGACUGGAGCAUGUCGCAGGAGGAGCUGGCUGUGAUAACCUUCGACGAUGAGCGCGAUCGCCAACAGCUGCAGCUGCAGCGGCGCAAACGGGAGCACGACUGGCUCUGGCCCUCGAGCGACUUCAUCAAUUCGACGACCGUGGAGACGGACGACUCUGUCGCCGAUGGCAUUGCCCAGCUGCUGCAGCAGAAGCUUGUCUACUCGGAGGAUGAGGAGGUUGCCUGCACGGACUUUACCAACGACUUCUAUAAGCUCGUCAACAUACGCCCCAACUCCUCGCGCAGCCUCUUCUCAUAUCUGGAAGGCGAGACUGAUGAUGAGGACGACGAGGAUGAGGAGGACGAGCAGGACUCCAGCAUGUCGGAGAGCCAGAUUAAGCAGCGUGUCAGUCCGACGCCCAGCGAGGCGGGACGUGCCCAGCUGACGAGCUGCUCCUCCAGCGAAACCGAUGAGCACUCUGUGGCACCUCCCCCGCCGCUACAACCGGAAGCGGAGGCGGCGCAUGCGGAGGAGGAGGAAGAGGAGCAUGACUACGCUGUCAUUGAGGAAUGCCGAAGACGUGUGAGCGACAUCGAGAUCGAGGAUGUGCCCCUGGUGAAGAACUCGUCUCCUGCUCUCAACGAACAGCAGUGCAUUGCACAAAUCAUCAAGACAGAGCUGAGGCGUCCACCCCACGUGCUGGUCAAGUCCAAGUCGGUGCUGGAGGAGCAGGAGCCCAGCUGCAUAUUGCGUCACAAUCAGCGCCGUGAGCUCGAGUCUAGCGUGGUGCGCAGCGACAGCAUCAGCUGCGCGAUGAUGGCCAAAAUGGCCAAGGAGACGCCCCCAUCGCCAGCAAUGGUAUCCAAGCUAAAGGAGCGACUGCUGCAGCGCCACGCUCCAAAUCCAACUGGCAACUCCUGGCGGCGCAGCAAUGGCUGGAAGCGUGUCACCUCGCCAGUUGCCGGAUCAGCCAAAAAGGAAGCAACAAAGACAACCACGGAGCUGCCAAAGAGCUGCCAGCAAAAGGCGCCGCCCACACGUAUACCCACAUGCAUACACACGACAUCAACCACAUCCUCCACAAGCUCAUCCUGCUCCUCGUCAACGCCUUCGUCGCCCUCGCCGCCAAAGCAGACGCAGAAGCUGACGCAGCAGCAGCAGCAACAACAGAAGCAGCAGGCGAAGCAAACACCGCAGCAGCCAUCGCAGCAGCGCAAAUCCAAAAUUCCUCCACCUGUACCCGUGCGUCGUUCCUAUGCCAGCUAAGAGACGCCCCCAUCCCCCCUCUAAGCAUAAUCUCAAACAGAAUUCUAUAAAUUGAUAACGACAGAGCGAAGAGCCAUCGAGCAUUCGCCGUAGAUUUAAAGAUUUAAAAGACUAAAUUGUGAUAUAUAUUCAAACUAAAAACCAGAGAAGAGAGCAGAAGCAGCAGGAGAGGGCGUGCAUGCACGAAUACAACAUAUUUAUAUUAUAUAUACACACACCUAUAUAUACAUAUAUACAUUUAAGAGUCUUUUGGAUAAUGUUUACUACAAUCGAUACAAGGCUCGACGUGCUCUAUACAGUUUUGUAGAGCAGCGAUCGCAGCUACAAGUUCCCAAAUCGCAUUUCCAAACUGAUCGAAAGAGGAUGAGCUCUUCAGUAUAUAUAUAAAGUUUAUAAGCUGUAUAAUCUGUAUACAAUAUAUAUAUAUUUAUAUUUGCAUGAUUUCUAUUGGACUAGCCAAAGCUUUGCUCAGCAUCUGAGCAAAGUGUCAACAAAAACUAAUAAAACUAUUAACUAUCAGUAAACAGAACUAUAAAUAUAUAAUAACAAAUAGAAUAUAUAUAUUUAAAAAUGUAGUCUUCCGCACAAAAUCGAGUGUACUAUAUAUAUAGAUUUGUAGAACAGUUAUAAAACAGUCGCUAAAAAUUUGGGUGAAAAACAGAAAUCAACAAA